AUUUUCUUGUAUUUAAUGCAAUUCUCUUCUAAUCUUUCUCACACGUCAACAUAAAUCCUUUCACAGGGAGAAAGUUUUAUUUAUUUAAGGCACCUUCACCGCUGCAGACGCCAUUACAGUCUGCCAUGGACACCCCCAAUCAGUUCAGCAUUCUCCAUAAACUCAGAAACAACUUGGUUUUUCGGUCCAAAUGGGCAGAGAUAAAUGGAGCAAUGGGAGAUUUGGGCACAUAUAUACCAAUAGUAUUGGCCCUGACAUUAGCCAAAGACCUCAACUUAGGCACCACCUUGAUUUUCACCGGCAUCUACAACAUCAUCACAGGAGCCAUUUAUGGUGUGCCAAUGCCCGUCCAACCCAUGAAAUCAAUUGCUGCAGUUGCUAUUUCUGAUGGGUUGGAUUUUGGUAUCCCUGAAAUCAUGGCGGCCGGGAUUUGCACAGGAGGGAUUUUGUUGCUUCUGGGUCUUACAGGGUUAAUGCAGUUAGUCUACAAUCUUAUUCCUCUAUCUGUUGUGAGGGGAAUUCAGUUGUCACAGGGCUUGUCAUUUGCCAUUAGUGGUGUCAAGUACAUUAGGAAUAUUCAGGAUUUUUCGAAGUCCAAGUCUAUUGGGAAGAGGCACUGGGUGGGAUUAGAUGGGUUGGUUUUGGCUAUUGUCUGUGCUUGUUUCAUAAUUCUUGUUAAUGGCUCAGGUGAGGAAAGGGAAGAAGAGGAGAGUAAUUGUGAUGGAGAGAGAACCAGAAGAAGCAGGAGAUUGAAGAAAAUCAUAGCCAGUAUUCCCUCAGCUUUCAUUAUAUUUGUGGUGGGUGUGGUUUUGGCAUUUAUAAGGAGGCCUCAGGUGAUUCAUGACAUCAAAUUUGGCCCAUCUCAUAUUGAAAUAGUGAAAAUUUCAAAGGAUGCAUGGAAAGAAGGAUUCAUUAAGGGCACGAUUCCCCAACUCCCACUCUCAAUACUCAACUCAGUUAUUGCUGUGUGUAAGUUGACAUCUGAUCUUUUUCCAGGAAAGGAUUUUUCAGCAACCUCGGUUUCCAUGACGGUGGGGCUCAUGAACUUGGUAGGGUGUUGGUUUGGUGCCAUGCCAUGUUGCCAUGGUGCAGGGGGGCUAGCAGGGCAGUACAAGUUUGGUGGUAGGAGUGGUGGGUGUGUAGCAAUUCUUGGCGCAGCUAAAGUGGUGUCAUUGAUGUUAGCCUACAACAACAAAACUGCAAGUACAGAUUGA